AUGUCCGGGUUUUCGCGCAACAACAAGUCAGUCGAACAAGAUCUGGUUGACAUAGAAGCCAUGCUUGACAAUCAUGAUCGUCAACCGCAAGUCAAAAGAUCAUGGUCGAUGCCCUUCGCUUCGGCAACCAUACCAGCACUUCAUUCCGAAAAGGAGAAGAAGCUCCCGAAGAGCGAACUUCAUCGCACGGCCUAUCUCGAUGGUCUUCGCGGCUUUGCAGCACUUCUAGUUUUCAGUCUGCACCACCAAGUUUGGGGUCACUCUGGAACGGGUGGAGAGUUUGUCCUCGAGAAUGCUUUCGGCUGGAACGGCAUAUAUCAGCUUGUCUGCUUUCCAGGACUGCGCAUACUGUUCUCUGGAGGACAUCUCGCAGUGGCCGUGUUCUUUGUCAUCUCUGGCUAUGUCCUGUCCGUAAAACCGUUGACCCUGUUACAAGCAGGAGACAUGGCAAAGAUGUCCGAGAACUUGGCCUCUGCUCUAUUUCGAAGAUGGCUUCGACUAUACAUCCCCGUCGCUGGCACGACUUUUGCGUGGCUGACGUGCUGGCACAUGUUCGACAUCAGGUCCAGUAAUCCUAUCUCACAGUUGCCAGAGCCGACGUAUCUGGGCGAGGUCUGGAAGUGGUAUUGCGACUUCAAGAACUAUAGCUUCGUCUUCCAAGGAGAGGCUUGGAACGCAUACAACGAUCAUACAUGGUCAAUUCCAAUGGAAUUUCGAGGCUCUAUUGUGGUAUACACUGCUUUGUUAGCGAUGUCGGGUUGCCGCAGGAACUCUCGACUUCUUUGCGAGUUGGCACUUUUAUACUACUUUCUAUACAUCGUGGACGGUUGGUAUUGCGCUCUCUUUGUUGCCGGCAUGAUCUUGUGCGAUCUUGAUCUUCUCGCAAGCAGAGGGCAGCUACCGCGAAGAAUCUACGCAUUGAAGAAGCACAAAACCGAGAUCGCCUACCUCGCUCUUCUGAUCGGUCUUUAUCUCGGCGGAGUUCCCUCUAUCUCGAAUAAUAUUCAGCAUCUUAGAAACUCUCCAGGAUGGUACCUUCUAUCAUUCCUCAAACCUCAAGCGUUUUGGGACUUUAGAUGGUUCUUCCGCUUUUGGGCUGCAGUCUGCGUAAUCGCCUCGGUUCCACACAUACAUUGGCUCAAAAAGUUCUUCGAAACUCGGUUCUGUCAGUAUCUUGGACGAGUGUCUUUUGGCUUCUACCUCGUUCAUGGUCCAGUGCUCUGGACACUGGGUGAUAGAUUAUAUGCAGCCAGCGGUAGAAUUCGCGAGGGACACAUUGGCGUAGUUCCCGAAUGGAUCAAUCUGCUACCUUUACCGGGAGUUGGGCCAUUUGGCCUCGAAAUCAGCUUUCUGGUCCCUCAACUCAUAUCUUUGGCAUUCACGUUGUGGCUCGCCGAGAUCGUCACCCAGUGUCUUGACGGACCCAGUCUCUACUUGACGCAGCGACUUUAUCAAAAAACGAUGUUCAAUAGUGGGAGCGUGGGCUCACAUCACAAUUGCAAGCGCGAGAUUAAGGAUUGA